AUGUCCUGGAGAAGGGAGUUGAAGCAGACGGAGCCUAAUACAAGAUAUUUUGAGGCCAGCCACGAUGGGAGGGGCGGCAGAAGCAGCGAGCAGAGUGAGCCGUCCAACUACUGUGAUCCUCCUCGCUGCUUUCGAUUGAAGAACAGCCUGGUUGGUGUGGUGAUUGGUCGCGGCGGACAGAAAAUCAGGGAGAUCCAAGGUACGACACAUACAAAGAUUCGUGUAAUAAAAGGUGUCGAUGAUUCAGAGGUAAAAAUUUAUGGCAGCCAGAACAUGCGAAAAAAGGCCCAAGCAAUGAUAGACAUUCUGGUUCAGAAGCAAGAACGUUACCUUUCCAGGUGUGGUGGUGGUGGGGGUUCUGCUGCUGCUGCUGCUGCUGGCCCGCAGUCACUGGGACGGGCUGUGGCUGUAAUCGCAGAAGCUCAGCCCCCAUCUAAGCCCAAGAUCGACUGGGACAGGGUUCGAGUAGAGGUCAGCAAGUGGGAGAGCAGAAAGUGGGCGGAUUUAGCGCCAAUUCGGAAAAACGUAUACACAGAAUCCGUAUCUACACGUUCAAUGACACCAAUGCAAGUAGCUAAUUGGAGACGAGACAAUUUCAACAUAACUUGUAAUGACUUGAAAGAUGGUGUCAAACGACCUAUUCCCAAUCCGACUUGUACCUUCAAAGACGCCUUUCAAAACUAUCCUGAGAUUCUGGAUAGCAUUUACAAAGAAGGGUUUCUCAAACCAACACCCAUUCAGGCACAGGCCUGGCCAAUUAUACUACAAGGAAUAGACUUUAUAGGAAUUGCCCAAACGGGCACAGGCAAAACUCUCGCCUAUUUAAUGCCUGGGUUUAUUCAUAUCACUUCCCAGCCAAUAACAGGAAACAAACUAAAUGGGCCUGGUAUGCUUGUUCUUACACCCACGCGAGAAUUAGCUCUUCAAGUGGAAGCUGAAUGCUCGAAGUAUUCAUACAAAGGUCUUAAAAGUGUUUGUGUAUAUGGUGGUGCUGACAGAGAAGCACAAAUAUACAACAUCAGCAAAGGGGUGGACAUCAUUAUUGCAACUCCUGGCCGAUUACAUGAUCUGCAGAAGUGUGACUAUGUAGAUCUCAGAAGCGUAACCUAUUUGGUGUUAGAUGAGGCUGAUAAAAUGCUUGACUUGGGGUUUGAACACCAGAUAACGAAGAUUUUACUAGAUGUGCGCCCUGACAGACAGACAACCAUGACUAGUGCAACUUGGCCUAAAAAUGUUCGUCGACUAGCACAGUUACUUUUGAAACAGCCCAUGAUCGUAUAUAUUGGCACUCUGGAUCUAGUUGCAGUAAACACAGUAAAACAAGAUAUAAUAAUUACCACAGAAGACAAGAAAAAAUCUCUCAUGCUAGAUUUUGUACACAAUAUGCCACCCAGCUACAAAGUCAUUGUGUUUGUCAGCAGAAAACUCGUUGCUGAUGACUUGUCAAGCGAAUUAGGCAUCCAGGGUAUACCGGUUCAGUCCCUCCACAGCAACAGAGAACAGAGGGACCGAGAACGAGCAUUGGAUGAUUUUAGAACCGGAAAAGUGAAACUAUUGAUUGCUACCGAUUUAGCAUCCAGAGGUCUUGACGUUCAUGAUAUCACACAUGUAUAUAAUUAUGAUUUCCCACGGAAUAUGGAAGAAUACGUCCACAGAAUAGGGCGCACUGGACGAGCAGGGAAGAGUGGAACAGCAAUUACAUUGAUCACUGAAAAGGAUUGGAAAAUUGCCGCUGAGUUAACUAAGAUCCUGGGAAGAACAAAUCAGCUUGUCCCUCGUGCGUUGGUGACAAUGGCCAAUAAAUAUGAGACUUACAAACAGCAAAAGGGAACAGAAAAGAAGGCCAGAAAAUCUUGGGGGCAACAUAAGGAAUUCAACUGA